GAUCUAAACACAGUGAAAAGGCUGAGGGUGAACAUCACUGACAUUGGUGUCAAGGCUUUGUAGUAUGGCUGAGAACAAACAUAUCUAUCCUGUUUUAUCAUUAAAUCCCUAACGAUGGCAUUUUCUCCAUGUAAAUUAUUCACUUUGUCUUCUAUCACUUUUGCAUUUGUAAUGAACUGAUUUCAAUGCGUUGGUUCGAGGGCUCGUGCUGUAGUCUAACACACUCCCACAGCUGAGUAGUGUGACAAGAUUAGAGCUGUAAACAUGAACAUUCUCCCGUCAUUUUUUUCUCCCCCAGAUGAGAAUGAAUUUCACGGACGCCAGAGGGUUAGAAGAGAGUUCAAUCUGAACUGCAGAUGUUUGGAUGUGAGGAAUAUCGUAGUGUCGUCCCAUUUGAUAACUGGGCCAUGGUCCUAUGCAGUAGAAGAAGUGGGGGAUGGGAUGGAGAUAGAGGAGAAGCUCACUGCCAAUCUCGUUCCUCUCCCAGUGAAAUCUCCCAGACAGCUCCAAACUAACCCCUGCUGGGAGAGAUUUAACACGUCCAAUUCCAACUGUGCUCAGACGCAUUCCCAAACGGGCGUCAACGAUCCUCCGCCUCAGAAGAAUAGAAAAGUUGCUGAAAGCAAAACAUGUUCCUCACCACAAUCUGAACAAACAAACAUCAAACAACAGAGACUGAAGCAGCGACUGCUGCCACUGACCAGGUCCCAUUGGGGCCCAGCCUCUUCAUGUGUUUCACUGACCAGGUCCCAUUGGGGCCCAGCCUCUUCAUGUGUUUCACUGACCAGGUCCCAUUGGGGCCCAGCCUCUUCACGUGUUUCGUGUGUAGAGCAGUCUGCAGAGGAACUAGCAGUGCCAUGGCGGUGUAGGGCGAUGGUGGCACAGAACCCUGAACCAUCUCGGCUCCCUUCCAGAAUCCUGCCAAACCUCCAAAACACAAUUAGAGCAUCUGGCUGUGAGAUACUGGAGCUGUGCCGACGUAUGUCCUCUAGGAUGAACUGUGUGAACCAUGUGAGCCCGACCACAUCUGGAACUGGAACCAGACCGGUGGGUUGGAGGUUGCUUGGGAAGCCCGUCGGGGACGGCGGAGCACAGGUGCGGGUCGGUCAACCAGAACACCACUCCUGGAAAGUGAGAAAGUUCUCUGGGGCAUCAGUUGACAGCCACAGUCUCACCAGCCUUCUGCAUAAUAGUGAUUGUGGUUCUGGUGUAUCCAAGGGCAGCCAAACUCAGACACAUCUUCCAGAUACUGGGCUCUCUGGCUGUGCUAAAGACAGCCAAGGAGCCAGCCAACAGGAUGGACGGAAGGUCAGCGGCUCCAGGAGGGACCAGAGAAGUGGAGGUGGGGUUGGAAAAGGGAGACAGAUGCCCAAAGAAGAAUCCUUGCGGUGGGGUGAAGGAUCGACAUGGCCUUGGGACUCCGAGAGUCAGUCAAGGAACCAGCGGCAGAACGAGUCCCCAACAGACUGUGAUGUCACCCUACUGCACAUUGUACAUCUUUUACAGUGUAGGUCAGUCAAUCUGUCUCAUGUCAGGGAAGAAGGACAAUUUGGAGAUGAUUUUCAACAUAUCCUUCACAACAGACAAACUUGA